ACUGGAAUAUCUUGUUUCCGUAUAUAAAGAUAAACAGUGUCAGAUCGCACGCAGGAGAUUUUCCAGAUUCCUCAAAAAAGAUGUAGUCAGAAUUUGAGAUCUUCAAGAAAAGAGAUUCGGAAUGGGUCUGGAUUCCAAGCAGACGUGUCUCCUGGUGCUACUUGUGGUGUCUGUCAUAUCACUUAUAAUUGCUUUGAUUCUCAGUCUGGUGAAGACCAUGGUCGUCCCUCUUCCACCUGGAACUAAGUAUGGAAUGGUGUUUGACGCCGGCUCUUCUCACACCUCGCUCUACAUCUACCAAUGGCCCACGGACAAGGAGAAUAACACCGGCAUUGUCAGCCAGACUCAUGUGUGUGACGUUCAGGGUGCCGGGAUCUCCAGCUAUGCAAGCAACCCUCCCGCAGCCGGCAAAUCUCUGGUUUCCUGUCUGGAGGAGGCAAUGUCUGUUAUACCACCGGAAGGGCAGAGAGGGGCCCCAGCUUAUCUUGGAGCCACAGCUGGGAUGAGACUGCUGGACCUACAGAACAAGUCUGCGUCGGACAUGGUCCUUGCCGAAGUUUCGAAGACCAUAAGCAGUUACCCAAUCGAUUUUCGGGGGGCUCGGAUUAUUACUGGUAAAGAAGAGGGGUCCUAUGGUUGGAUAACUAUCAAUUAUCUCUUGGAGUCUUUCAUGAAGUAUUCCUUCAGCGGUAAAUGGGUACGACCAAUCUCCUCCAACAUAUUUGGCGCCCUGGAUCUCGGAGGGGCCUCCACGCAAAUCAGCUUCAUCCCAAAUGUCGAUAUUCAAGACGCAAAGGAGAGAGCAGAUUUCAGACUCUACGGGUUCCCGUAUAGCAUCUAUACCCACAGCUUCCUGUGCUACGGGCAGAACCAGGCUCUGAAACAGAUGCUCGUGAAAACAGCGCAGGGAAUGGAUUUAACUAAACCCAUAAACAACCCUUGCUAUCCCACUGGAUACCAAAGUACCAUCACCACUCAGACUCUGUAUGACAGUCCGUGCACCGCCACUUACGCCCCACCAACGCUACAAACCCAAGGGUUCAACAUAUCCGGGUCCGGCAAUGCCAGCGAGUGUUACAACCUUAUUAAAACCAUCUACAAUUUCACUGCCUGUACGGGUGAAACUCCCUGCUCGUUUGACAGCGUUUACCAGCCGCCUAUUGUUGGAAACUUUUUUGCUUUUUCUGCUUUCUUUUAUACAUUUGACUUUCUCAACCUGACAUCUGGUCAAACUUUGCAGACAGUGAGAAGCGCAAUUCAGACAUUCUGUGCACGAGACUGGAACGAGCUUCGUUCAUCUUACCCGAAUGAAAAUAAAGACCGCCUCAGGGAUUACUGCCCUAAUGCCAAUUAUAUCCUCACACUGCUGCUGGAUGCCUACAAAUUCAACGACGGCAACUGGAACACCAUCAGCUUCAUGAAACAGGCUGCAAACACCGACAUUGGAUGGACAUUGGGCUAUAUGCUGAACCUGACCAACAUGAUUCCAUCGGACUCUCCGACCAGCGUGAAUGUACAGAAAUACGAUAUCUGGGUAGCCGCCAUUUUCUUCAUCGUCUUCAGUCUGGCAAUGGGGCUGCUGAUGUUGCUUUCAUACUUCCGAUAGCUUGGAUCUUCAAUGCAAUUAGUAGGACGUGAAGAAAAAUGCAAGCAAGAUAAAUGGAUAUACCGUACACAGUACCUUACAGAUGCCAAGAAAAUAAAACAUCCAUGUACAGACUGACAUAUCCAUCAGCCGGACUCAAAAUUCCUAUAUUCUGGUGACCGCCAGUCUUCUCCAGUGUUAUUAGCUGGAAGUGCUGCCCUACCCCUGAUGUUGAUGGAGCAGCUGCUGUAGUAUGGAUGCAUCACUUCCUGGAUGGAAGAAAACAAAGGCUUGCCUCAAAUGGAAUGUAUCUUUAGAUGUAUUUGUUUGGGCCAAGUGAGGGGUCACACAAUAAUAUUUUCUAGCAAGGGCCCACCUCACCGAAAAAAGGACUACAAGUCAACAUCUUAAUCAUCAUUUCCUCCACCUCUGCCAACAUGAAACACCAGGGAAAUCUUUAUAUACAAGGGGGUGAAUUUGAGACAGAACUAUUCCAUUCGAGUUGUUGACCCCACUGGUUCUGAAUCAGUAGCAGUCUCUGGAUUAAAACAUUACUGGAUCACAGUGCAAAAGAUAAUCUUUCCCAGGACAGACAUCCACAUUCAUGCAUGUUCAUCAUUGAGUAUAAAAUAGAAUCUGGAAGAAAAAAAAAACAAGUUAAGGGACUGUUCAAUUUUUAGUAAACUCUUCUGUAAUAUAACAUAACCCCAUAUAUGGCAAAUAGAAGAGUCCCACCCUUCCCCAGAUCUCGUCUGGUAGAUAAACCCGGGCGUCAGGUCAUUCCGCAUCCUGCUCGCAGCGCCACUUGAGGAAAACAGAAGAGCUACAAUCCGUCCAUACAGUAUCUCUUCAAUAAAGUUGCAGUACUUCUCAAUGCUUUAGGUCAGGCCCUCCAGCUGCUGUGCAACUACAUGUCCUUGCGUGUUUUGCCACAGUUUUGCUAUUAGGGCAUGCUGGGAUAUGUAGUUCUGUAGUAGCUGGAGGGCCACCUGUUGAAUACCUCUGCUUUAGGUAAAAGGGAAAGCAUUCUCCUUGGACGACCGUAUUAUUUUCUAUAUGGGAAUCCGCCAUUACCUGAAGCUGAGAGAUGGAAAUAUGCAAACGAGAGCUAUCUUAUUAAGUUUAUAUGUUUAAAAUGUGUAAACCAAAUUAGGUAACUUUAGAAAAAAGCUAAAUAUAGGAGAGGAAACAUCACUGAAAAUGAAUGAUCGCAGGCCGUGUUUUGUCAUAUUUGUUACAUCUCAGAAGAGGUACUUGGUUAAAUAUAGUUUUAAGUGUUGAAACGUAUGAUGAAAGUGUUACUUGAAUCUCCAAACAGUCUGUGAAUAGUUUUUAUAAAGGUGUCGCUGCUCUGUACAAUGGGCUGUCUUAUCAGGCAUCAAUAAAUAACUACCCGCCA